CAUUACUCCGUUUCUCCUGUCCCCCUCACUCGGCUCACUACUGGUAGCCAUUGAGCUCAGUUCAGUCGCCAGUCAUCGCGCAGCCGCAGCACCAGACGGAGUGGUAUUGCGCUGUUAGCAAUUGUUGCAUCUGACUAUUCACUUAGCAGCUGCCCUAACUAGCCUGUAUCAUCAUGCGUGGGGAAACUACUGUUGCUUCCGCCACCAGGACAUGGGCUGGGCCCGUCACCAAACACAAACAACAAGAGAUGGACAUUCCAGACACCCCUGGGUGUGUGUGUGGUCGUGGAGGUCGAGCAGAGCAGAGGCAGGCCAAUGGAGGCAUGUGGCUUUCUGAGAGUGAAGGUGCAACGCCUUCCUCCUUGUCAACAAGUUUUCUCACCAAAAAUAAGCCCUUCCCAAUUAGAGGAGAACGUGCGAACUAUGUGAACACACCACAUGUGAUAGUGAUGGUGGGCCUUCCAGCCAGGGGCAAAACGUACAUGGCCAAGAAACUCACACGAUAUCUCAAUUGGAUUGGAAUCAAGACUAAAGUUUUCAACUUGGGGGAGUACCGACGUCGAGUUACCCAGAUGUACAAAAACCAUAACUUUUUCCGGAGUGACAACGAGGAGGCAAUGGCCUUGCGGCAGAGGUGUGCUCUGGAUGCCUUAGAAGAUGUGUGCGAGUGGCUAGAAACUGAGAAUGGAGAAGUAGCGGUUUUUGAUGCCACCAACACAACAAUGCUCAGACGAAGACUGAUAUUUGAUAAGGUUGUACGAGAAAUGGAAUACAAAUUGUUCUAUGUGGAGUCCAUUUGUGAUGAUCCAUCAAUCAUUGAGUCCAAUAUUAGGGAUGUGAAGAUCAACGGGCCUGACUACUUUCGAACUGACCCUGUAUAUAGUAGCACUCCAGGGCACCCUUGCUCUCAAGAGGUCAAGGUGAGCAGCCCUGACUACAGUGACAUGACAGCCGAGGAUGCACUCACUGAUUUCCUGCAGCGGAUUCAGCAUUAUGUGAAUCAGUAUCAACCUCUGGAUGAAGUUGCCGAGGAUCAUCUCUCCUUUAUGAAGAUCUAUAAUACAGGUCAGAAAGUUGUGGUUCACAAGCAUGAAGGUCACAUUCAAGCCCGCAUAGUCUACUAUCUGAUGAAUACUCAUAUCACUCCUCGCACCAUCUACCUCACUCGGCAUGGGGAGAGCAUCCACAAUAUGGAGGGAAGGAUAGGUGGAGAUGCAGAACUAAGUGAGAAUGGCCGUAACUUUGGCAAUGCUCUUGCUAAAUACAUCAAGGAGCAAAAUAUUUCAAAGCUGCGGGUGUGGACCUCCUGGCUGAAACGGACCAUUCAGACAGCAGAGGGAAUUGAUGCCCCACAGGAGAGGUGGAAGGCUCUCAAUGAAAUUGAUGCUGGUGUGUGUGAGGAGAUGACCUAUGCUGAAAUUAAAGAAAAAUUCCCAGAUGAUUUUGCUAGUAGAGACCAGAAUAAAUUCAGUUUCCGUUACCCUCGAGGGGAAAGCUAUGAAGAUCUGGUGGCUCGUUUGGAGCCUGUCAUUAUGGAACUAGAGCGCCAAGGGAAUGUGUUGCUCAUUGCUCACCAGGCUGUGCUUCGCUGUCUCAUGGCCUACUUCCUGGAUGAGCCUUCAAGUGAGUAUGAUGUCAUUCCACCCACAACCAAGAAUAACCCCAUGUGUAAUAGGAUUCGCAAUGAACUACCCUACAUGGAAGUUCCACUCCACACCAUCGUCAAACUAACUCCGGUAGCAUACGGCUGCAGGGUGGAGUAUGUACCCAUUGAUGUCCCUGCUGUUAACACUCACCGUCCAAAGCCCAAGAUUCCUGGCACUCUGGAGGACGAGCUGUGUCCUGAGGUCUCUGAGAUGGACUCUUGAUGACUAACUUCUUUAGGUUAUAUGUUAUUAGGCAUCAUUAUUUGCUUUGUUGCCAUUUAUUUUCAGAUGUAAAACCUAUUUUACCUUGAUCAUGUUCACCAAGGCUGCCUACAUAGCAUGCUUUAUUUUAUACCAUUAAUAUAUUUUAUUUAACAAUAGGUUAGCAGCUACAGUCUUGUUUAAGGUUUUCAAGUUCACUGUGGAAUAUAAACUAAGUUCAAAGUUUUUGUUCUCUCUCUCUCCUUUAAAAAGCAAGUGCUUCCUUUUAUGUACGUGUGGGCAGGUUGUCCCCUGUGGAAAGUUGCUGGUUAUCUUCCUUUGCAUGGUAACCUUUAGCACAUUUAUCUCAAAAGUUAGUGUACAUACCGGGAUAUACUACUCCCUCCCUUUUAUGUUGACCUGUUCUCAAGAAAUUCUGGUAGCUCCAAUAUUGAAUUACCAUACAUUGUAUGAUGUGUUGUAUUUUGUAGGAAACAAAUGCUUAAUGUUAAAUCUUUGUGAUGAUGUCUACCUAAGUAUGUCAUGGAGUGAAUACUGUCAGGUUAAUUAGUACUUGCAAAUCAGAUCAGUGUUGAUAAUUAGGACUUGAUAAUCCUUCCUUGAAUUUAAUUGGUGGUGCAGUCACUGCCCACUGCAUAUUAGAAUUACCUGUAGAAAGUUUUGAAUACACAUCCUAUGAAAUUCCUUAGUAUGAUGAUUGUGUACUCCUUUGUGAGAUAAAUGCUGCAUUUUGCCUUAAAACUAUAAUUGUAAUUUGUGCAUCUCACUCAUGUUUUCAUAUAUAAUAUUUUGGAAAUUGUCAAAAUUCAGUGCAGCAUUUGUUACAAGAGCAAUAUUUGUUUCCUAAUAGGAGCAUCACAACCAAAUUUGUUUCUAAAGGCCUGUCUGAAUUGUUAUUUACUGAAGAUGUUUAGUUCCUACAGAUUUUUCCCCAUAAUAUAUCUAACUAUUUUUUACAAAUUCUAAGUACUGGGGUUGUGCUCAAGGUUAUGAACUUUACUCGCAUGUAAUAUUGUUACAUAUUCCUUUGUAAAUAAUUCUAUGUUUGCAUAUGUUUCUUAGUCAUAAAUGUAUAUUGAAUUCAUUAUAACUUUAAGUUAUAAUGAAGUCAUCAUGGCAGUACACAAGCUGCUCCCUCAUAUAAUUCUUUUACAAAUUCCUUUGUAAGAACAUUUCAAAAGAAUUCUGGUAUAAACAGCAUUUUCAAUCUAGACACCUUGUAAAACCAUAGAAAAAGCACUCAAUACCUUAGUUAGUCUCUCUCUCUCUCUCUCUCUCUCUCUCUCUCUCUCUCUCUCUCUCUCUCUCUCUCUCUCUCUCUCUCUCUCUCUCUCUCUCUCUCUCUCUCUCUCUCUCUCUCUCUCUCUCUCUCUCUCUCUCUCUCAUAGCUUGUUUUUCUCUAUUUACUUUCAAUACAAAAUAAUAGUUUUGGUGCUCAAGGUUGUAAUUUGUAUCUAUAUUUAGACACAUGCAUACACAUACUGUGUCAUUCUUGGUGGAUUUGUGCAAAGUAAAUGAAUUAUAACACAAAAGCCUAUUGGACCUUGAAUUUUAAGUGGAGCUGAGGUAUUGAUGUACAGAAACUGAAGAUUUGAUUAAGAUUAGGGCAUGACUAUGAAGUACUUGUUAUUUAUCAAUUUGAGUGAAGGUUUGUCCAAACAAGCAGGCAUGUCUGUCAGGCUGCACAGAUGUUGGCAAAUUCUGCUGAGCCUGCCUGUGAAUGUUAUCCAUACAAUCAAGUUGAUGAAUAGCUGGGCUUCCUUGGUGAUGCCAGUAACAUGCAAAUUGUGGUACAAUGAAGUUGAAUCAAUGUGCUUGUCAGCACUGCCUGGUAAUUUUGCUCAUUGGGCUUUGAAGUAAAUUGGUGGUUUGUCUGUCAAAUGUACCAAUCAGGCCUGAUUGCUUGGACAGCAUUAAGAGAAACCUGUCACUCCCGACAAAGGAACCAUCUGCAAUGGGACCGCUAAUCAUUACUUGCUAAAAGAACCAAUUGAGGCUGUACCUGAAGGGCCACAAUUUAACUUAACAUGACUGGUUCAACUUUCACUAAAUCCAGUGAGCAUUUCAUGAGAUUCUGGAUGAUGCACAUUAAUGACAAUAGUUAGGAUAAUUUUCCAGAUGUAGCAAGAUGUAAAGUUUUGUCUACAUGAUUAUAUAGUACUUGGGAGAUUCCCCUAUUUACCAGGGAAAACCUGGGUAUUGUGAUGUGCAUAGGGGAUGGUUGACAGCAGCUAUUGGACAAUUGUAACUUGUGCAUAAGCCCCAUCCACACCAUGAGCAGUGACUGCAGGCACUAGUAAGGACUUUGCUUGUUCAUAGGUUUACUGCUUGUGCACACAAGCAAACCAGGAAAGUGCUUAGUGUUGAUGGUUGUGUAGUUUCACUAGAUAAGUGGUUCCCAAACUUUUUUCUGUCAUUUCCCCCACCAUCCAGUUCAACCAUCCAGAUUUCCCCCUUCAUGUGUAUGAGAGAGAUCAUGUUUGAAUGUGAACCGACUGGUAGAUACGGCGCCGCCCAUCUACAACAGGCGUUUUCUCUCUCUCUCUCUCUCUCUCUCUCUCUCUCUCUCUCUCUCUCUCUCUCUCUCUCAGACAUGAGAAAAUCCAUCGGAGAUUUUUUUAGUUAGUAGGUAGUGUAAUUAUUUCCCCCCCCUGGUAGCUUCAAAUUUUCCCCCAGGGGGAAAAUUUCCCCAGUUUGGGAUCCACUGCACUAGAUCAAACGCUGAUGUAUAUUAUGACUGUUGCCAGAUAUACACUGCUAUGAAACCAAAGGAUGUUGAUAAUAUUGAUGUUAGUGAUCAAGCAACAAGGCUAUUCCUUCACUUGUAAAAUCUCAAUGACCUAGACAACAUAUUCCUUGUUUAACAUAAUUUUACUAAGAACCUUGUGGAUUAUUAAAAUGAUCAAAUGGAAAGACACUUAUUGUGGCUCCUAGUCUGUCAUGAUUGGUUCAAGUAGCUUGUUUGAAUAACUGAGUGUGCCAUUGGCUGUCAGGCUCUGCUUGAUCAUGUGGAUGGGGCUUAACAAUAAAUAUAGCUAAGAACAGCCAGCAUUCUUUCACAAUCAUCAGCUUGAAAUCAAUUUAGCAUGCCAUUUAGAAUUUUUUGUAAUCAUUAUAACUUCCAAGAUUUUAAUAAAAGGAAGAAACGACUGCUGUUGAGCUGUGUGCAUGACAUUAGAAUAUUUCAUGAUUUUUAUGAUCUUGAUAAUUUGGGAUAUGUCCUAUAUUGGUGUUUAUGUCAAGGAGCAUACACGUAUCAUAAUUUUUUAUGAAGCACAAGUUUUAUCAAAUUAAGCGAUUGUUGCUGCUUUUCAGAAUGUCUUGAUCUCUGAAAAUUAUACUGGACUGAAAGUAAUAUCAUGAUGGUUGUUUUGCAAACAAUGCUGCAUAACACAAUACAACUAUAGAUAGUGUUUCUCUGUCACACUUGUAGAGAAGAUACCCAUGUAUGUAAUUAUAAUGGAUUGUGGUAUUUUCAAACAGCUACUUAUAAUAUAAUAUAAUAUUUAUGA